AUGGGAAUACUGAGAUCAAUUGUCUUCUCAACUCUAUCAAUGUAUUUAAUAAUAAUUUCAAAAUUAACCACAACUGGGCGGUCCCAGUCACGGUUAAAUGACAAUUCGACGGUACCACUUGUCAGCAAUGGAAAGAAUUCUUCCUUCAUUCUGAAUCAGAUUGAUGGAACAGCUUUUAAUGGUUCAGAUACAGAAAGCCCUUUACUUCCACCUUCUUGGGAGGAAUUCUGCACUUUGGAGGAAACGGAGACAAAUCAGAGCGUUUAUCCUUACAAUUGUUACAUAGAUGCCUUCUCCUCGGGUAAAUGGAAUUUCUCUGAACUACGACAAUAUAUUAAAACAAAAGAUGUUAAAUACAGUUUUAACGUACGAUGCCAAAACGGUGCUAAAAUAUCUCUUCCAUUGCCUGGAAAAGCAAAGAAUAUCAUCAAAUUGCACGUGCAAGACUGCAUAGCGGAAGACUAUUAUGCUGACUAUAAGAACCCAGAUUUAGAUCUGUUACCAGAUGAACUGGAAGAAUAUGUUUUGAUCAAUGUCGUGCGUGUAAUAGGAGUUAAAUCAAUGUUCGAGAGUCUUCAAAUCAAGUCAGCAAAUCUUCCCAAAAAUGUUGUUUGUGGCGAUGAUGAAACGUUAAAAAUAAAGACUGAGCAAAAUGAAACCUUUCAAUUUAUUCAUGAUUUAAUUAACCCAGACCAGGCUUCUGAAAUGUUCAGCAAAAUUGCUGCAGAAAAUAUAAUGGAUAAAAGGGUGUCACCACACAAGUGUUUCUAUAAAAAGCUUCGGGUUCUUAACGUUUCAGUCACUUCAACGAAAAAUAGGUACUAUGCAUCAGAAUUGACUGAACAGAAUAUAUUUCCGGAACUGAGAGUGUUGAAUAUGUCCCACUCUGACCUUUAUUACAUACCAGAACAGUUAAAAAACUGGUGGAUUUACUUUAAAAAGUUAGAGUACCUCGAUAUGUCUCACAAUCUCAUUCAGGAUAUAACCUUCCCAUUGGAUAAUGACAGAAUAUGGGACAAAACGGUACCAGUCUUAACAUUUGAUUUUACACACAACAACAUAAGUCGAAUUUCUGUUCGUAAUUUUGAAAGAAUCAUUUCCAACGAGAAAAUAUUAGUGAAAAUGGGCCAUAAUCCUAUCAAUUGUACCUGCACAGAUGAAAUGAAAGAAAUUUUGAAAUAUAUCAAAGGAAUAGAUUGGAGCUCAUCAAAGUACCACCAAUACUCAUACCUUAGGAAUCUUAAGUGUGCAUAUCCCGAAAGUGUUCGGGGUUGGCGUUUGGCGGAUCUAACACUUAGGGACAUUAACUGUAAAUUCGAGUUGAUGCCAGUCACUGUGGCUUUGAGUGUCCUAUCGUUUUUCCUUAUAAUUUUCAUUAUUGUUAUAUUGAAGUAUCGAAGGGAAAUCCGAAUUUUGGUUUACACCAGGUUCAAUGUAGUGCUUCCGUGUCAGCCAGGAGAAAUUUACGAGGAUAAAGCAUUUGAUGCUUUUGUUUCCUAUAGUAACGAUGACCAAGAGUGGGUGUGCAAUAUUUUUGAUGAAAACAAACACAACCGUCUCGUACAUUUGAAGUUUUGCAUGCAUCAUAAGGAUUUCGUUCCAGGAAAAACUAUUUUUGAGAACAUCGUCAAAUGCAUUGAGGAAAGUAGACAUACUGUCAUUGUCCUCUCACAGAACUUUCUUAACAGCCAUUUUUGCUUGUGGGAAUUUCAGGAGGCUUUUCAGCAAAGUAUUGUUGAAAGAAAACGACACCUCAUUAUCAUCUUACUGGAAGACAUUCCAGAUAAGGAUCUCCCAAACGAUCUAAAGAGAUGCAUGAAAACAUUCACUUACAUUAAAAAAGACGAUAAAAUCUUCGUAGACCGACUACUCUACUCACUCUCAUACAAAGGGAAAAUAGGGAAACACCAAGAUCAUGCGCAUUUGAAUCAUGGAUAUGAUAACCUCGGCGAGUAAGGUAAAAAUGCAAAUGAAAAGGAUAGGGUCAAUAUGACGAA